UCCAAAACAAGGAGGACGCUUCUGAGGCAGCGUCUGUUUGAUAACAAUGAAAUGUCGCUGUGCCGCUGCUGUUUCAAAAGUUUGCAUUGAGCCAAGGCCGCUCCGAGAAACGGAGUAAAUCAAUAUUGUCGUAAAGAGCGAUCACCGGUGCGUUUGGUGAAGCAUUUAACUGGAGCGCUUUCUUGGAGACGCGCGAAGAUUCAUUCAUCUACAGCGCUCGCAAAUAUGGCACCUGAGAUCGGAGAAUUGUUGGGGGGAUCGAUGGUUUUUGUCUUAUUCUUAACUUUGCUGGCAAUUUUAACCCACCAGAUGCUCAGCAGCUAUGUGCGCAAGUGGAGAGAGAUGAAGCCUAUUCCAGGCAUAAGCCCGACCUAUCCUUUACUCGGCAAUGCGCUCUCCUUUAAAUCUAACGGAAGAGAUUUCUUCUGCCAGCUGGUGGAAUAUACAAACCAGUUCCGGAACGUGCCGCUGAUGAAGGUCUGGAUCGGACCUGUCCCUUUUCUCAUCUUGUUUCACGCUGAAACCAUCGAGAUGGUGCUGAACAACCCCAAACACAUGGAUAAAGCUUACGCAUACAAAUUCCUGCACCCUUGGCUGGGCACCGGGCUUCUGACCAGCACGGGGGACAAGUGGCGGAGGCGCAGAAAGAUGCUGACCCCCACCUUCCACUUCUCCAUCCUGACCGAGUUCCUGGAGGUGAUGAACGAGCAGGCGGAGGUGCUCAUCGAGAAGCUGGAGAAGCAGGCGGGCAAAGGGACCUUCAACUGCUUCAACCACAUCACCCUCUGCGCGCUGGACAUCAUUUGUGAGACCGCAAUGGGCAAGAAAAUUUAUGCGCAGAGUAACUACGAUUCGGAGUAUGUCCGCUGUGUGUACAAGAUGAGUGACAUCAUAACCCGCAGACAGAGGAUGCCGUGGUAUUGGCCGGAUUUUGUCUACUAUUCCCUGGGGGAGGGGAAGGAACAUAACAGAAGCCUGAAGGUCCUCCACUCCUUCACAGAGAGUGUGAUUUAUGAGAGAGCAGAGUACAUCGCUUACAUAGAGUCCGACAGUGAGUCGGACCAGGGCAUGAAGAAGCGAAGGGCGUUCCUGGACAUGCUCCUGAAGACCACGGACGAGGACGGCAACAAGCUGACCCACAAAGACAUCCAGGAGGAGGUGGACACCUUCAUGUUUGAGGGUCAUGACACUACAGCAGCAUCCAUGAACUGGGCCAUUCACCUAAUUGGCUCUCACCCGGAGGUUCAGAGGAAAGUUCAGCUGGAGCUCCAGGAAGUGUUUGGCCAGUCGGACAGGCCCAUUAACACGGAGGACCUGAAGAAACUGCGCUACCUGGAGUGCGUCAUCAAGGAGUCCCUGCGCCUCUUCCCUGCCGUCCCCUUCUUCGCCCGCAGCAUCUGUGAGGACUGCCACAUCAAUGGCUUCAAGGUCCCAAAAGGUGCCAAUGCCAUCAUCAUGCCGUACGCCCUUCACCGUGACCCCCGCUACUUCCCCGACCCCGAGGAGUUCCGCCCGGAACGUUUUCUGCCGGAGAAUUCCGCCGGGAGGCACGCGUAUGCCUUCAUCCCAUUCUCGGCCGGCCUGAGGAACUGCAUCGGCCAGCGCUUCGCCGUGAUGGAGGAGAAGGUGGUCUUGGCAUCGAUUCUGCGCAACUUCAACAUCGAGGCCACACAGAAUCGGGAGGAACUGCGCCCCCUAGGGGAGCUCAUCCUGAGGCCAGAGAAGGGGAUCUGGAUCAAGCUGGAGAAGAGAAUGCGCUGAAGACUACCCUCCCAACCACCACCCUGCCGAAGCACACAAACACACACCUACACGCAUUCACACACCCACUGAUACCCUCACCUCCACCCACACAAA